AUGGCGCCCACCAAAGCUAACGAUGCCUUCGUUUGGCAACAGUUUACCAAUCUCGGUCGCCCCAACCCUAAGAAAAGCAAGAGAUACAGAUGCCGCCACUGCCAGAAGGAUUUUGCAGCGACCUCUGUUGGAAGGCCGAAAGAGCAUCUCGCUGUGUGUGAGAAAUGGCAAGCCAUGCAGCAACAAGAGCGUCAAGUUCGAGAUGAUGCUGGCUAUCUACCCUCAUAUUCCGAAGCUAUACAAAAGAAGAUAACCGAGGUCGGAAUUCAACACAUCUCGCGGGACGAGAGUCACAGCUUCGCCUAUGAUGCCGCCGCUGCUAUAAUCGCUGGCGGGCGCCCCUUCAGCCUCUUCGAGAGCCGCCGUUGGCGUUAUUUCUUCACCCGCAUUAAGCCUGGCUGGAAGCCUCCUAGCCGUGCUGUUAUUACGAGAAUUCUCCCCGACUUCUAUCAAGAACUCCGUGACGAGGUUUGCAAACGCAUUUCUAGCUCAGAAUGUGUCAUUACACGCUGGGGUUCCCAGUACAAUUCUUUCUUCUCCCUCCUCCGUUCUCGAGACCCUGCCAGAGACUGGUCUAUUCGAAAGGAUGUACGAGAUGAGCUGCGAUCUCAAGAUUGUCCCGUUCUCCUGCCUGAAGCGAUUCGAAUCAUCAAAGAUAACAGCUUCUGGCUUAAACUCGAGACUGUGAUCGCUGUGCUAAAGCCUGUGAACGAAUUUCAACACGCUUCUGAGGCUGAUGGGGCGGGAAUCGCAUACGUUGUAAAUCGCUGGCUGCAAAUCAAACACAAAUGGGCUGAGAUGAGAGGGGCAGAUCAGUUUCCCGAUAUUCCGUGGGACGAUAUUGACGCUAUAUUCACAGCGCGGCUUGAUAAGCAAACGUACGAUAUACAUUGGAUCGCCGAUGCCCUCCGACCCGAUACAACGGGCCCGAAUUCGAAACGCCCGCCUAGCGUCUUUGCGCGCGUACAGGAGUACUUGCGGAAACAGCUGAAAAACGACAACGAAUAUCACCGUGCUCUUUCGGAAUUCACACACUUCCGAAUGCGUACGGGCGGCCCAGAUGGCUUAUUUAAUAAGCACAGUGCUGUAUACGACGAUGGAUUCAAGCCAGCAAUGGCGUGGCAGUGCCUCCUCAACCAGGGCUCGAUCCUCGCUAGUGUAGCUGUGAAGGUAAUGAACACACUUGCGAACUCAGUGCCCUCGGAACGAAGUUUCUCUGCUAUUAGUUUCAUACAUACGAAAGCUCGGAAUCGCCUUACGCCCAUGCAUGAUGACAUGCAGGCCUUCAUUUUUAUGAACGACCGCGUGUUAGAUCGUCUCAAGGACCAGAAAUAUGCCCAUAAAAAGCGCUGGGCGGAUCUUGAGGAGAAGGACUGGCUAGAACUCGAAGAUUCAUACCUCGAGUUGUUUGUUAAUGCGCAUGGCAAGAAGGUCUGGAUGGAUGGCGCGAUGGCCGCAAUAAAUGGGGAUUUUGAGUGGGAGGGUGUAUUACAGUCGACGGGUGAUAUAUUGUAUGUUGGCAUUGAGGUGGAAUCUGAGGUUUAA